GGCCUCCACUGAGAAACGUGCAUGGCCAGUUGGCAGCAGGGACCCAGUCGAAGUGAGCUGGGGGGUGAGCAGAAAGGGAGGAAACGGGUACAAGUGGACAACUUUUACAAAAAAUUGGUCCAUUCUCAUGCUAAAGAUUGAAGCGAGAGCUGCAAGGAAGUGGGGAAGGCUGAAUGCAGUACCAUUGGCAAUGAGAGCGAGGCAGCUCCGGGAGGUUAACAGCAUUGCUGGUCUGUCUGAAAGGACCAUCCCGAGGUAGUUACCACCCAUAGUACUCUGUCCCGCUGCUUUCAGGAGUCUUCUUUCCCAGCAGCAUUCUGGAACCUACAUUUUGUAGACUAUAGACAGACAUUCAGAUUCAUUCUUGUAGCCAGAAACAUUCUGUGAAAGCCCUGUAGGGUAAAGUACGGUUUGAAAGAGGAUUUUUGAAUAGAUCAAAUAGAAAGAUGAAAACGAAUGACCCAGUUACUCUAGUCGGAAUAAUCAAGAUGGAAAAGAUAAAAGGGGCAGUAAGUGGGAAGGAAAAGCAUGUAGACUAGUGGGCGGUUAACUGUAGAUACUUGAGUUGAGUGAUGGCCCCACACUGUCAAAGAAUGAGAAGAAUGAGGGACAGCAGUCUGGUGUUGUAAUGAGAGAGUUCUGUCUGCGUGACGUGGGAGGUGGAGUACUUCGUGGAGAUUUCAAGGUCUGGGGUCUCACCCUGAGAGCGGGGUGCUGAGGAGCAAUUCUAGGGGCUGGAAGUUGGGCAGCGCUAGGCGUCGGUGACUGAGAACACAUGUUAGGCAAAAUUGAUGCUGCCUCCCAGCCCCUGACUUUGGACAUACGUGUUAAUUUCUCUGUUCUUCCAGCUUUUCAUCUGAAAAAAAUGGUGCUGCUAUGAGGAUUUUCUCUCAGGGACCUUGUGAGAAUUCAGUGAAUGAUAGUUCAUGCAGCAUGCUUAGCUCACAGCCUGAAAGCACACAGAAAGUGCUUCAUUAAAGUCGGUUAGUUUUAGGGGCACUUGGGUGGGGCAGUCCGCUAAGAAUCUGACUCUUGGCUUAGGCUUAGGUCCCGAUCUCAAGGUCGUGAGAUCAGCCGCUGCAUUGGAUUUUGCGCUCAGCAGAGUCCGCUUAAAAUUUUUUCUCCCUCUCCCUCUGCCCCUCUGCUCUCAGAUAAAUAAAUACAUCUUUAAAGAAAUUAAAUAGUCAGUUUUACGUUACCAUCAGAGAACUCUACAAAUGGAUGCUAGAGACUGCAAGAUGAGACAAUACAAGUUCUUGAAGUAGAAAACAAAUCCGAGGAAGGAGUGAACUUCAAAAUUGUGACUGUGGACUUCACUCAGAAGGAAGAAAGCACUUUGAACCCUGCUCAGAGGAUCCUGGACAGAGAUAUGAUCCUGGAGAACCACAGGGACCUGGUCUCUUGGGAUUUGGCAAUGGCACUUGGAAGAAGAGAAUCAACCUCAAAGCAGAACAUUUUUGAUGAAGAACCAUCCCAUGGAGUGAAGUUGGAAAGGUUGACAAGAGAUGAUCCUUGGUUGUCUUCGUGUGAAGAAGUUCAAGAUUGUAAGGACCAUUUGGAAAAGCAACAGGAAAGACAAGAGAGACCUUUGAAGGAAAUAGCAUUUACUCCCAGGAAAGCGAUUACUUAUGAGAAGGUCUAUAAAAGCGAACUUGAAGAGAAGAGUGGUCUGAAUUCCAGUUUUCUUUCGCCCCAGAUGAUACCCAUAAGAAGCCAUUUUCAUAAACAUGCCUCACAUGUUAAAAAAUUGCAUUAUAAUUCUAUUGUAAACAAUCAUGAGAAGAUUAAUGACAGUGAGAAACACUGUGACAAUAAUGAAUGUGGAAACCCUGAUCAGAACAUUCACCUUAUUCAGUUUACAAGAACUCAAACAGGAGAUAAAUCCUAUGGAUUUAGGGAUAGUAUUCAAUCUCUUAGCCAUGAUGUACCUCUAAAUAUACAUCAGAAAAUACACGCAAGAGGAAAGUCCUUAGAUUUUAAGGAAUGUGGGCAAGUUUUGAACCACAGUAUAACCCAUAAUGAACAACAGAGAAUACCUGUUGAAGAAAGUCAGUAUAACUGUGGUAAAACCUCCCAGAGUUCAUCCCUUGCCCCAAACCUGAGAAACCAUUCUGAAGAGAAACCCUUUGAAUGUAAUCAGUGUGGGAAAUCCUUCAGCUGGAGCUCUCAUCUUGUUGCACAUCAGAGAACUCAUACAGGGGAGAAACCUUAUGAAUGUAAUGAGUGUGGGAAGUCCUUCAGCCGGAGCUCUCACCUUGUUUCUCACCAGAGAACUCAUACUGGAGAGAAACCUUACAGAUGUAAUCAGUGUGGGAAAGCUUUCAGCCAGAGCUAUGUUCUUGUGGUGCACCAGAGAACUCAUACUGGAGAGAAACCUUAUGAAUGCAGUCAGUGUGGGAAGUCAUUCAGGCAGAGCUACAAACUUAUUGCCCAUCAAAGAACUCACACGGGAGAGAAGCCCUAUGAAUGCAGUCAGUGUGGGAAAUCAUUUAUCCAGAGCUAUAAGCUUAUUGCACAUCAAAGAAUUCAUACUGGAGAGAAACCCUAUGAGUGCAAUCAAUGUGGGAAGUCCUUUAGUCAAAGUUACAAACUCGUUGCCCAUCAGAGAACUCACACAGGAGAAAAACCCUUUGAAUGUAAUCAGUGUGGAAAAUCCUUCAGCUGGAGCUCUCAGCUUGUUGCCCAUCAAAGAACUCAUACUGGCGAGAAACCCUAUGAAUGUAAUGAGUGUGGGAAAUCUUUCAACCGCAGUUCUCAUCUGGUUAUGCAUCAGAGAACUCAUACUGGAGAAAAGCCCUAUGAAUGUAACCAGUGUGGGAAGUCCUUUAGCCAGAGUUAUGUUCUUGUUGUACAUCAGAGAACUCACACUGGAGAAAAGCCCUACGAGUGCAGUCAGUGUGGGAAGUCCUUCAGGCAGAGUUCAUGCCUUACUCAACAUCAAAGAACUCAUACUGGAGAGAAACCCUAUGAAUGUAAUCAGUGUGGGAAAACAUUCAGUUUGAGUGCUCGACUUAUUGUACAUCAAAGAACUCAUACUGGAGAAAAGCCCUUUACAUGUAAUCAGUGUGGGAAAGCUUUCAUUAAUAGUUCUAAACUUAUUAGGCAUCAGGCAACUCAUACUGAGGAGAAACCCUAUGAAUGUAACUAGUUUGGAAGCCUUUCAGCCAGCGUAUUCUUUUUUUUUUUUCUUUUCCUUUUUCUUACAUUUCUUUCUCCUUCCUUCCUUCCUUCUUUUCUUUUUUCUUCCUUUCAAAUGUCAGCCUUCUGUUAUUGUGGAUCUGGAAGUUUGGUCUGGUGAAGAAAGAAAAACAGUCACAUAUUUUACUUAACAUUUUGUAUUAAAAAGAUCAAACUUGGCCUUUAAGACACAUUGCCACAUAAGUAAUAAAUAUUGGCACUUUUCCUGGAAGAAAGCACUCUGACCUGAGGAAAUGAUCAUUAAAUGGGCAACUUACUAUGGAGUGAUUGUGAGUGAGGUAGAACUCUUUAACAAUAAAGAGUAAAUGAGAAUGCAAACACUGGUGAGCUUGUUGUUGAGAAGAUUGGAAAAUUGGUAUAGGUAUUGGAACCUAGGCUGGAAAAUAAUAUUUCAGUACCAUUUUAUGACAUGAUUAUCCCAGUAGCUACUUUGUAAUCUGUUUUAUUCAGCACUUUCUAUUAUAUGUUAAGAUUUCAUAAAUAUUAGGAAAAUGGCUAUGAUAAUGAAGUGGGAAAAAAUGCAGGCCAAGUGUAUAGAACAGUAACUUCCAGAACCAUUGUGGUACUUAUGUAUGGAUCAGAGUUGAAAGGCUUUCCAGGUGUAUCUUUUUUAUUUUUAGCUUUAUGCCUGGUUUUUCUUCUCUUUGGUGUGUGUGCUGUUGUACUGUAGUAAGUAAUGUGAGGAGUCAGAAACAAAAAGUAAACCAAAGAUUUCCAUCUUUGACCAUUUAGGAAAGACUAGGUAGCUAGAUAGAGAUUUCUCAGGGUUCUGAGAUUUCCAUUUGGAUUAGCUUGAGCAGGUCACUCCUUAGGACUUGGAUACCCAGGGAUUUUCUUCAUUGAAAAUAUUCCCCUGGCAAUGGGGAACUGGAAAUUUAGAUCAGAAGGGGUUCUAUAUGAGGGAUUGAGAAUAUGCAGUUGUGUAGAGGGCAUAUUUUUAUAUUUCCAAAGCGGUAUAAAGGAGCUCUAUUUUUAAGGGUUUCCCCCAUGUAGUCUUGUGGGUUUUUUUCCCUCUGGGGUAUAUUUCCUGAUGUCUGAGUCUUCUGAGUGAGAGAGCACUGUCAUGCUAAGUGCUUAUCGCCUAAAUUAAGCUUGCAAGAAUGAUUUUAGGUAAGAUUUUGUAGCUCUUUGUUGGUUUCUAAGAUGUGUUUCACAUCACCUAAAUCAUAUAUUUUAAUCCUAGGGAUUAUCAUGGGCCUGAAACCUCUGAUCCUGGAGAGUUAGUAAAAAGUAAGCUGAGAGUUGAAAUGGGAGACCAGAGAACCAAGAUGAAUUCUCUGGAGGAAGAACAAGAAAUCGAAAGUGACCUCUGAUAGUGGUCGCCCUCUGUAAAAUUCUGUCCCCAUGAGAUGAUCCUAAGCAGAGCCACCUCUCUGAGGUUUAAGCCAGAGUACAACACACAUGGCAGUGAUUGAAUUUUUCAGGAACAGUUGUCGAGGGCUGACAGCUGGCUCCACACACAGCCUGAGAGCUCUUCAGUUGGUUGAUGAAUGCGUGGAUAGAGGAACAGCAGGGGUUCUGCAUGUAUUCCUUUCUGGGGAGGACAUAAAAUGGUAAAAAGUCCAAAUUUAGCAACCGGACCUGAAGAGGUUCCCCCCCGCCCCAAAUUAGAGAUAAAACCAAUACUAGCUAGGAUGAUUCUCAUCAGGCAUGUUGAAUCUUACUUUGAAGGCAAGAAGCCAUGAUUGUACAAAUGAGUAUAAAGCCAACUGGGUGAAGGAUGAGGGCUCUGAAUAUUUCAAGUUUGGGAAGUGAUUCAUUGCAAAGUAAUCUCUUCGAUAAACAUUGAAAAUAUUUCAUUGAAAAAUUUAUAAAACUGCAAAAUUUUUGAAAUAUGUGUGUAAGUGUGCAUGUGUGUGUUUCUGGCCAGCUUGAAUAUGUGAGUCAUUUGUGUGCACUGUUGUGAGUAUUGUAUCAGUUUUCCAGUGGGGAUUAAGGAUUGCCAAGCGUAUUGAUAAAAGAUAGAGUCAACUGAUAAACAAAAAUGGGAAUUUAUAUUAUUUGCUCAGUAAUUUCCCUUGUAGGAAAGAUAUUCUUUUAAUUUAAAGAUAAUCCACCAAAAAUUCCUGUAUCAAUAGUAAGUUUAGGUCAUGUGACCACAUGUCAAAAAUAUGUAACUAAAUUUCUGAACCUAAAAUUUAAGGUUAAAAAGGAGAAUCAGUAGUUUGAUUUUAAUGACACAUAUAUGGCAUAUGUAUGUAUGUGUAUGCAUAUAUACGUAUAUAUACAUACACACAUGUAUAUAUAUAUACACACGUAUAUACAUGUCCCUUGCAUAAAAAUUUUUGUCUGUGUAAAAUUCACAAAACUAAAGCUGUACUUGGCCAUAGAAGAAUUUAUAGAGGUUUUACAAGCCAAAUUUCUCUCACCAUACCCCAGUAAAAUUAGAAAUAAAUGAAAAGUGACCAUAAUGUUUUUAACUACCUAGAUGUUAGGAAAUACUCUCCUAGAACCAAAUUUUCAUUUCCCCUAGUGUUCCUGGGUUAUAACUGACAUACAGCACUGUGUAAGUUUUGGGUAUACAGCAUGUUUGAUUUACAUAUAUUGUGAAAUGAUUAUCACAGUUAAUAUUAUCAACUCGUAGAGAUACAGAAUCAUGGUUUUU